AGAUGCGCCUCCUCCUGUUUUAGGACAAUCAGUUCGGGUCUUUUUUUUUUUCGGCUACUACGGUUCUGUGCCUGUUUGACCAAUCUCUCUCGGCUCGGCUCGGUUCGGGGUGCGAAUUUGGACUCGAGAAAGCUUGUGUGUCCUCGGAUCCCCUUGACCGUCAGCGACGACACCCAGGGGUUUUUCUUCAUCUCAGAGCGCCCCUAAAAGCCCCCGCCACACGCCGCACACACACGGGAGAAGAAGAAGAAGAAGAAGAAGAAAAAAAAUGGACAGGACGGAUCUGAUCCAGAAGGCCAAGCUGGCGGAGCAGGCUGAGCGCUAUGACGACAUGGCGGACUGCAUGAGGGAGGUGACGGAGAUGGGAGGCGAGCUGUCAAACGAGGAGAGGAACCUGCUCUCCGUCGCGUACAAGAACGUGGUCGGGGCGCGGCGGUCCGCCUGGAGGGUGCUGUCCAGCAUCGGCCUCAAGACCGAGGGCAGCGAGAAGAAGCAGCAGAUGGUCAAGGAGUACCGGCUAAAGGUGGAGAUGGAGCUGGAGGACAUUUGCAACAACGUUCUGGUACUGCUGGAUAAUCAUUUAAUCAGCAACUCCACCAACCCAGAGAGCAAAGUCUUCUACCUAAAGAUGAAGGGCGACUACUACAGAUACCUGGCAGAAGUUGCCUCUGGAGAAGCCAAGUCGAAAACUAUCGAAAACUCACAGCAAGCGUACCAGGCUGCGUUCGACAUCAGCAAGACCGAGAUGGAGCCCACGCACCCCAUUCGCCUGGGCCUGGCGCUCAACUUCUCCGUCUUCUUCUACGAGAUCCUGAACUCCCCAGAGAAGGCCUGCGAGCUGGCCAAGAAGGCGUUCGACGACGCCAUCGCAGAGUUGGACCAGCUACACGAAGAGUCCUACAAGGACAGCACCCUCAUCAUGCAGCUGCUCAGAGACAACCUCACACUAUGGACAUCAGACAACGCUCCCGAGGAGGGCACUGCCGGAGAAGCCGAGGCUGGCGAGACGGAGAACUAGAGCGUGCAUGCCCUGUUGGGGGGGAAAACGACACAAAUGAUUUAAGAAAAUAAAAUAAAAAUCAACUUUUCUCAUUGUAUGCUCCAUAACACUCCACUGAUACAUUCCAUCGCUGAAAAAGGAUCUUAAGCAACCAAAAAAAAAAAAAAAGAAGAAAAGUCUUUAAAACAGAUCAGAUUUGGAGACAUCCUUCCAUUCCUGUAGUUUUUCUCUCGGCCUUCCCAUCUUGUGCAGGUUCAGCCGUAGAAACCUAAGUAGGGAUCUGAAGUGAUUAAUGAGACCCCCCCCCCCCCCCCACAUACUCCCCGCACCCCUCGUCAAAAGCAAAGGAAGAAAAGUUGAAAACCCCGAUCAUGCGUCAUCUCAUCGCACCAUUCUGCAGGUUUUCUCGCCAGAUAAUGUGGUACUGUUACAUUCGCUUGGCUAUGAUUUGAACUAAAUGUCAUUUUUAUUCGUCAGGGAAAAGCCGGCGCUCCGUCACUCGCCGGCUGACGGCGUUUGAACGCAGCCAAUUAACCGCCCUGUGGUUGAAGGUUCUGAUCCCAGUGACCCGUUCGCUGGGGUCCGUCUGUCUGUCUGGGGGCCAACCUUGCUCUUCUUUUUCUGACCAAACACCAAUUUGUUGCCGGUGGAGAGAAGCCUUUUUCUGAUCCUGCACUUCUCUUCAAAUUUUACACUGGAAUGGGAACCAAACAGCUUUUAGCCACUUAGAACUGAAAUUUAUCUGUUUGGAGAUGUACGUUUUGGUUGUUGUUUUUUUUUUUCUGUUGAGAUUUGGACCACUUUCGUUUUGUAAUUAAUUCAUGGUAGCCCCUAAACGCCCCGUGGAACUGUUGAAUCCUGAUGCAUCCACUAUGUUAACAUGAAUAAAACAUUUUAUAAGCCAA